UUCCGCUCCCCCUCCUUUCAAUCCUGUUGCCUUUCGAAAUCUUACAUCAAGACACGAAUCAAUUCAUGUUUCAGUGUGCUGCCGGGCCGUGGUCUUCCAUCCCGCUGCGCAACCACGCACGAUUUCCAAUCUCUACCUUUCUUCUUUUCCUUUUUUUUUUUUUCGUAGGGAGGGAGAGGCGAGACGAGACGAGGACUGUAAAAAACAGCUUACGGCCCACCGCGUAGAGGAUUGGAAACAGCCUGCGUCGGCAUUCUACUUUAACUCUUCUCUCUUACAUCUAUUGAUUUUGUGAUCAAAAGAAGGUUGACAAAGAAUGAGGAUUCUUGCUCAACUUCUUCGCGGAUACUUGUGGGUCGCCCAUAUCAGGUUACCUGUCUUCACUGGCGCCGCCGCCAUUGCACAUACUCCAACUUAUUCGUCUUCGGAAGCCGUGUCUCCAGCUGCUUUUUUAGCGGAAAUUCAAGGACGAAGCGGACAAGCAAAACUAAGUUCGAAGGCAAAAUUGUUGAUAGCUCUAAUUGCCGCUUCAAUUGCGUUUGGAGCACUCGCUCUCUUUCUACUCUAUAUGUUUUACGACAGGUACACGAAGAAAUCCCAAAAGAAAAAUGUUAAUAGUUCUUGGGAAAUAGCCGGGACUAGAAAUGUCAGUAUAAUGGAGUACAAGACUUUAGAAUCUGCCACAAACAAUUUUGCAGAGAGUAGCAUGUUGGGUGCGGGAGGGUUUGGUUGUGUGUACGAAGGCAAGUUGGAAGAGAACCUGUAUGUGGCUGUCAAGAGACUCAGUGUGGGAAAUGCAGGGACUAUAAGAGAAUUUCAGACUGAGGUUGAGAUAUUGUCUAAAAUCCAGCAUCCAAAUAUAAUUCGUUUAUUGGGGUAUAGCGCUCACAGUGAAUCAAGGCUUCUUGUUUACGAAUUGAUGCAGCAAGGAUCUUUGGAAGCUCAAUUACAUGACCAUACCAAGGGAUUGGCAUUAACAUGGUAUUCACGGCUGAAGAUUGCUCUUGACACGGCAAGAGGAUUAGAGUAUUUGCAUAACCACUGCCAUCCACCAGUGAUUCAUAGAGAUCUGAAAUCAUCUAAUAUUCUUCUAGAUAGCAACUUCACUGCCAAGCUGUCAGAUUUUGGCCUUGCCGUGGUUGAUGGCUCCCAGAGCAAAAAUAAUAUCAAGCUUUCAGGAACCUUGGGUUAUGUUGCUCCUGAAUACCUGCUGGAUGGUAAAUUAACUGAUAAAAGUGAUGUUUAUGCCUUUGGGAUUGUACUACUGGAGCUUUUACUGGGAAGAAAGCCUCUGGAGAAACUGGCACCACCUCAGUGUCAGUCCAUCGUGACAUGGGCCAUGCCUCAGCUCACAGAUAGGAAAAAACUUCCCAACAUCGUGGAUCCUGUCAUCAGAAACUGCAUGGAUUUAAACCAUUUAUUCCAGGUUGCUGCAGUGGCACUGCUAUGCAUACAACCAGAACCUAGCUAUCGGCCGAUGAUAACAGAUGUUUUGCAUUCCCUAGUUCCUCUUGUUCCCUUUGAGAGCGGUGGGACUCUCAAAACCAAAGAAGCAGGUAGGAGUGAGAUUUGA